CCCCCCCCCCCCCCCCCCAAAAAAAAACUCCCGCGCCGCCACAGCCGCCGUGGGGGAGUGCCAUGCCCGCCGCGCCUCCCGCGACCUCGCUGCUGCUGGGCGGCGGCAGGCUCCCGCGGUUCCAGUUCCAGUCCCUCCGCGCGCCCACCAAGCCCCCCUUCUUCCGCGGCCCCGCCUCCUCCCCGCCCGUCCCGCUCCGCCGAUGCUGCGCCCGCCCGCUGGCCCCCGUCUCCGCCUCCGCGCUGCCCGUGCCGGUGACGGCCGCUGCUCCCCCGCCGGGAGCGGAGGUUGGGUGGGGGAGGGCGGCGGCUGCCGCCGUGAGGAGGGUAGCGGUGGCGGUGGCGUUCGGGGCGCUCGCGGCGGCGUGGAGCCGCCGGGCGAUGGCCGUGGGGGCCGCGGCGGGAGCGGGGGCCGCGGCGCCGGGGGCGGUGGAGGCGGCCGCGGGGUUUGGAGGGUUGGCGCUGCGCCAGGGGUGGCCCAGGGUGCUGCAGGUUCUGCAGCUGAUCAGGGAGCAGGGCCUGGUCUUGGCCGCGCUGCUCGGCCUCUCUGCCUUCUUCUCCAUGGCGGAGACCUCUAUCACGACGCUAUGGCCUUGGAAGGUUCGUGAACUAGCUGAAAAGGAACCUGAGAAUGGUGUUUUCAAAAUGCUCCGAAGUGAUGUUACUCGCUUCCUGACAACCAUUCUCAUUGGCACAACUGUGGUCAACAUUGGCGCAACUGCAAUUGUUACUGAGGCAGCAACGGCAAUGUUUGGUGAAGCAGGUGUUAGUGCAGCAACAGGCGUCAUGACUGUUGCCAUCUUACUUCUUACAGAAAUUACCCCCAAAAGUGUUGCAGUCCAUAAUGCCACAGAGGUUGCUAGGUUUGUGGUAAGACCAGUCGCAUGGCUUUCACUGAUCCUGUAUCCAGUUGGGCGGAUUGUUACUUUCCUGUCCAUGGGAAUGCUUAAGAUUCUAGGCCUGAAAGGGAGAAGUGAACCAUAUGUUACUGAAGAUGAACUGAAAUUGAUGUUACGAGGAGCGGAGUUGAGUGGUGCAAUUGCAGAAGAUGAACAGGAUAUGAUCGAGAAUGUCCUGGAAAUUAAAGAUACACAUGUGAGGGAAGUAAUGACGCCUUUGGUGGAUGUAGUUGCAAUUGAUGUUAUGGCAACACUUAUUGAUUUCAAAAAUCUGUGGGAAACUCAUCAGUACUCUAGAGUCCCUGUUUUUGAGGAGCGCAUAGAUAAUAUCGUUGGAAUCGCAUAUGCAAUGGACAUGCUUGAAUACGUUGAAGAGGUUGAAAAGUUGAAGGAAAUCACUGUUAAGGAAAUCGCACAUAUGCCUACAUACUUUGUUCCAGAUUCAAUGUCAGUUUGGAACCUAUUAAGAGAGUUUCGGAUCAGGCAGGUUCAUAUGGCAGUCGUCCUCAAUGAAUAUGGUGGAACUAUUGGUAUUGUAACACUAGAAGAUGUGGUGGAAGAAAUAGUUGGCGAAAUCUUUGAUGAGAAUGAUUCAAAGGAGGAAAUCCAGAAGAAAACAGGUUAUAUAGUAAGGCAGGAAGAUGGAACAUUUCAUGUUGAUGCAAAUACAUCAAUAGAUCAACUAUCUGAAGAGCUUGGAAUUAAAAUACCAGAGGGCCAUCAGUAUGAGACGGUGUCUGGUUUUGUCUGUGAAUCUUUUGGCUAUAUUCCAGAAGAGGGUGCAAAAAUGCUUGUGAUUCUUGAAAAGGAUUAUAGAGAAGAAAAUGGUGAAUAUCAGGAGGAAGGUUCUGAUCGCCAAGAUGAUAGAGAAAAAACUCAAGCUUAUGAACUUGAGAUACUGGAAGGUAAUGCAAGGAAGGUGGGUAAAGUCCUGUUCAAGCCAAUAAGCAGUGAAUGCGUAGAUGUCGACGACAAGGGGGCGAACCGUCUGAUUUCCAAGAAGAUCAUCAAACGGAAGAAGAAAGAUUCUGGUGAUUCCUCCAACAGCGAUGAAGAUGAGUGUCCAGACAUUGCAGGGAAUGGCUGCCCUGCAGAGGUACUCUCAUGCUCGGAUGAUAACAGUGCCGAAUUGGAAGAUGCAAGCAGUUCUAGUGCGAGAAGGUGACAAGAAAACAACUCGACCAUCGUACUACGGGUAAUAAUUACAGCUCACCAUCACCCUCCUAAUACCCCUUGUUACAACAGAAGAGAAAAACAUAGUAGUAGGCUACCACAAAAACAGCGAGAGCAACACCGAUGAGACUGGCAAAGUUAACAGCAGCUUAGGGCAUUGCAAAACAUUUUUUUCAGUAGCAGCAGCAGCAGUCUAGAGGUGCAGCGAGGUGUCGACGUCGACUUCACCAGAGACAUGCUUGUAGUUGUAGAUCUUACUAGGCCACAGCUCCACCGCGAUGGGGUCGCUGCGGAGCUGGAAGGUUUUGCAUUCACUGGCAGUGGUCGGCACGGCCGGGAAUAAGGCGGCGGCAGCGGUGUCGCGCAGCGGCCUGCACGGGUAGAGCAGCUCCGGGUGGAAGAACCACUUGACCGGCGCCUCCCUCUGGGCGGUGGCGGGGCGGGGAGCGAGCACGUGGAGAAGCCUCUCCUCCCGCUUCUCCCUGAUCCUCUCCAGCUCCCUGAACCGCUGCUGCAGCAGCGCGAUGGAGGAGGAGAACAUCACCUGGCCGUCGCUGCUCUGCACCCCCAUGAUGGCUGAGAAGAGCUGAUCUCUCAGGAACAGCAGCAGCUCCUCUGAGUUUCCGUUUGUGUAUCUGUGUGUCUGUCUACUUCACUGGGUGCGUGUGGGGUUUGUUGUUUGAGGGGCUGGUCGUGGGCAUGUGCGUAUUUAUAAGCCGCAAAGUUUUGUCACGGCGCAGGUCGUCGCCUUGUGGUCGUCUUGCAGGCUGGGCUUUCUUCUUUCUUCCAUUAUGUGAUGCCGUGGUGCUAUCUGCUA